CGGUAAACGCACGCAAAAUUUAGAGAGACAAAUCAUUAUUCCGAAGCAUACAGUUAACUUGACUGUGGCAACAUCUGACGUCAGUGAUCUCUUUUUGUCGGGAUAUACCCAAUGAUUUGACGCGCCACAGUUGCACAGACAGAGUGAAAAGAUCAGCAAUGUCAUUGCCGUGUUGGCGAACGGUUUUAACAAACUCUCAAUAUGGUAACGCUUUCAUGCUCAUGAGAACCUGCGUAUGCUCAAGCACCAGCAGGAGGCGCUACAGCGCCCCCAGCCGCAGGAGAGUGGUCGUCACUGGAAUCGGACUAGUGUCGCCUCUUGGGACUGGGACCGCCCUGCCUUGGCAACGUCUGAUCAGUGGUGAGAGCGGGAUAGUUGCUUUGGAUUCAGAGGAGUAUAAAACGGUGCCUUGUAAAGUGGCUGCACUCGUGCCCAGAGGAGAGGGGGAGGGGGAGUUCAAGGAGGAGAACUUUGCCUCGCGAGGGGAAAUCAACAGCAUGUCGCCGGCCACCGUCAUGGCGCUCGGUGCCACGCAGUUGGCGUUGGAAGACUGCGGAUGGUAUCCCAAAAGUCCCAAGGAGCAGCUCAGUACGGGCGUGGCGGUGGGCAUGGGCAUGGUGCCCCUCGAUGAGAUUGCCCGAACGGCUUCAGCCUUUCAGGGUCGCGGCUACAGCAAAGUUAGCCCUUUCUUUGUGCCGCGCAUCCUCGUCAACAUGGCAGCAGGGCACAUUAGCAUCAGACACAAGUUAAAAGGUCCCAAUCAUGCCGUGUCAACUGCCUGCACCACGGGAGCGCACGCCAUAGGCGACGCCGCCCGCUUCAUCGCUCACGGAGACGCCACGGCGAUGAUCGCCGGGGGAACAGAGGCAUGCGUCAGCCCUCUCUCCAUAGCGGGGUUCGCGAGGGCGCGAGCUCUCAGCACCAGUUGGAACGAGCAUCCCAAACUGGCUUCCAGGCCUUUUCACCCAGAGAGAGAGGGCUUUGUGAUGGGGGAGGGAGCGGCUGUGCUGGUGCUGGAGGAAUAUGGUCAUGCUAUGGAGAGAGGAGCCCGAGUCUACGCCGAGGUGCUGGGCUACGGCCUCUCUGGAGAUGCCAGUCAUAUCACAGCGCCGUCUGCUGAUGGAGACGGAGCAUUCAGAUGCAUGGCGGCUGCUCUACGUGAUGCAGGUGUCGGUCCCGCUGAUGUCACCUACGUGAAUGCGCACGCCACCUCCACACCACUAGGGGACGCUGCUGAAAACUCAGCCAUCAAGAGGCUUUUCCAGCAACACUCCCAGUCGCUGGCCGUCUCCUCCACUAAAGGCGCCACAGGGCAUCUUCUCGGGGGGGCGGGCGCCAUCGAAGCGGCUUUUACGGCCUUGGCCUGUUACCAUGGCAACCUCCCACCCACCCUCAACCUGGACCGUACCGAGCCAGAAUUCGAUCUGAACUAUGUGCCUUGCACCACUCAGGGCUGGAAAGCUGAGGGUAGACGAAUAGGCCUCACAAACUCGUUUGGCUUUGGCGGAACAAACGCAUCACUGUGUCUGGCCAGCGUUUGAAAUGACAAAAUAAAAAAUAAAAAAAAGAAAAAGAGUCAGACAUUUGCUUGGGGUAUUUUGCAAGAUUGGCUCUGAGUAUGUCUGAAAUUAAAGUUCGGUUAUGGAACA